GUAAAAACUUAAGCGGAACUAUAACUAAACAGAGACUGGUCCGCCCGGACCUUUUAUAGUGAUGCACCGGAGGAUUAUGUGACCUAAGCCUGUCAUUCUAAAACCGUUUUUGUUUGGAUCUGAGGAAGAAGGUCACACAGAAAUAUAUACCAUGACGCUUUUUCAUUUCGGAAACUGUUUUUCAUUGGCGUAUUUCCCUUAUUUCAUCACUUAUAAAUGUAGCGGAUUGUCAGAAUACAAUGCAUUUUGGAGAUGUGUCCAAGCAGGUGCUACCUACCUCUUUGUACAGCUAUGCAAGAUGCUGUUCCUUGCAACAUUUUUUCCCACCUGGGAGGGAGGUGCUGGCGUGUAUGAUUUUGUUGGGGAGUUCAUGAAGGCCACAGUGGACAUGGCUGACCUUCUAGGUCUUCAUCUGGUUAUGUCCAGGAAUGCUGGGAAAGGAGAAUAUAAGAUUAUGGUGGCAGCCAUGGGCUGGGCUACAGCAGAGCUCAUCAUGUCAAGAUGUAUACCUUUAUGGGUGGGAGCGCGUGGCAUUGAGUUUGACUGGAAAUAUAUCCAAAUGAGUUUCGAUUCCAACAUCAGUCUGGUGCAUUAUAUUGCCAUGGCAGCAGUUGUGUGGAUGUUCACCCGUUACGACCUUCCGAAAAGCUUUCGUCUUCCAGUCACCAUCCUGCUGGGAUUGUGUGUUUAUAAGGGCUUUUUAAUGGAACUAUUUGUUCAUGUUUUCCUUCUGGGUAGCUGGACGGCCCUUCUGGUGAAAGCUGUCCUUACUGGUGCCAUCUCCCUCUGUUCACUCUUUCUGUUUGUUACACUCGUUCACAGCAGCUAAACUUUCAAAACUUUCUGCACUGUAUGGUGCCACCUAAAUAUCAAGUAUUUCAGGAGCAAUACCACAUUCCUUUAAUGAAACCUGUUCACCGUAACUGCCAUCAAGAAGUGACUGUGAAAGCAUCAGUUCAUCCAAAAAUGAAAUUCUGUCUCAAUUUUCUUACACACCAGUGUAUUUUUUCCUGUGUUGUGCAUAAUGAAUGCUGAAUCAGCUCGAUUUACUCAAAAGAAGAUGCAUUAGUGUACAGGAGUAACAAAUAAUAAUAAUAACAAAAAGCACCAUUUUGGCUUGUGCACUAUAUUUCAGAUGUUCUGAAGCCAUACAUUAUAUGUGUGUGAGUCACAGAAAAUCUUCAUUAAAUUAAUUUUUAAACAUCCAUAUAUUUUGUAAGUUCUCACACAAAAAGACUUGAAAUAUAACACACAAGUCAUAUGAACUACAACAUGACGUUAUUUCCAUUUUUGGGUAUACGGUUUAUUUAAUAAUACGAUUGUUUGUACUCUACUAAUAAAUUAAUACAUAAAUACACUUUUAAUGUUUGUUUUUUAUGCGUUUUGAGUGGUGUUUCAGAGAAUUAUAUAUGGUCACAAAAGUGUUUCAUUUCCUCCAGAUAUGUUUUACUGCCCGUCUAACACAUUUGAAAAUAUUGUAUUUUUUAAAAUUAAACAACCCUACACUAAUAAAAUUAGUGACUUUAAUUCAAAUUUAAACCCUUAAGUUGCAAUUCUUAUGUCUUUUUUUAUUAUCUUCACAGUUAAUGUGUGCCACAGUAUUGUUUUACAUUGUUACAUAAGGAUGAUUUCCUUUUUUAAUGUAAUUAACUUUAAUAGAAGGUCAUGCAAUUCUUCAUUAAAAGGUUUACCAGGAUUAGCUAAUGUUUAUCUUGCCCACUAACCCAGCUGGAUUCAAAGUGAAAACACAAAAACUUAAUUUGUAAACAUGGAGGUGUUCAGUGUGCAUUAUGUAGACCAUCUUAAAGGGACAGUUCACAUAAAAUUCUGCCAUCUGCUGUGAACUUUACUUUUUAUGCAUUUCAGAAUAAAGACUUUUGAAGACA